GCCCUCUGCAUGGCUGCCCUCACAGGGAGGGGCUGAGAGGCUCUGGCUGAGUCCCACUGUGGGCAGGACCAAGGGAUGCAAUAAACACAGGUUGUUUGUCUCCAUCUGCCCUGCAAAGGUUCACAGGGGCCGUCACCUCCUGAGGUGCUGCCCUGUGCCUGCCUCCCCAGCUGGCUGUGCCUCCUGCCUCUCCCCUGGGACCAGCACUGCAGGCACUGGGGUGCAGGAGGUGAUGAAAUGUGGGUGAUGAGAGGCAAUGUCCUGCCCAGCUUUGCCUGGUCGGAGCUCUGUACACAAGGGUUGGUACAUUCCUAUCAAGGGCUGAGCAAGGAGCAGAGUUUGAGUCCACAUCCAUGGAUUCAUUGCUCAUGAAAGCCUGGGGAGAGAGCAGGGUGCUCGGUGCACAAGUGACCCAGGUGCUCCCCAUCCCCACCGUUAUCCCAGCUCAGAGCUGCCCAUAGCAGCCUGGGACAGGGCAUUGCCCUGCCUGGCACCACAGCACCGUGCCCAGGGCAGGAUUUAAUGCUAUCACUGCACUUCCUCUUGUCCCUGCAUCUGUCUGUGCCCCAAGCCCAUGUGUGCCCAGCAGGUACAGGGCCUUGUGCCAAGGAGGUGACACGAGCCCAGGCCGCAGCCUUUGCACUCGGCAGAGAUGUGGUGACACACACCUCCACACACCCUGCUAGGGCUGAUCCCUGUCCAAAGUCCCUCCCACAGCUGCUGGAUUUACAGACACUGCCAGCAGCAUUGGCCUGUCAGAUCUCAGCAUGCAGCUCCUGGCAUCCCUCAGCCUCUGCCUCUGCGCAGGGUUCAGCACCGCUGUCAUUCCAGCGGAGGAGGAGAAUCCAUCCUUCUGGUACAAGCAGGCAGCUGCAGCCAUCGAUGCCUCCUUAAAACUCCAGCCGAGGAUACAUGAAGCCAAAAACCUCAUCAUUUUCCUUGGGGAUGGAUUUGGGAUCCCUACCAUCACAGCCACCCGCAUCCUCAAGGCACAACAGCAGGGGAAGCUCGGCCCUGAGACCCCUCUUGCUCUGGAUGCUUUCCCCUACGUGGCUCUGUCUAAGACCUACAAUGUGGACAGGCAGGUCCCUGACAGUGCAGGGACUGCCACAGCCUAUCUCUGUGGGGUGAAGGGCAACUACAAGACCAUUGGGGUGAGCGCAGCCGCCCGCUACGGGGAGUGCAGCACCACAUUUGGCAACGAGGUGAUCUCAGUGAUGGAGCAAGCCCGCAAAGCUGGGAAGGCAGUGGGCAUCGUGACCACGACGCGGGUGCAGCACGCCUCACCCUCGGGAACCUACGCUCACGUGGUGGACAGGAACUGGUACGCGGACGCCAGCAUGCCCCAGGAGGCGCGGCAGCAGGGCUGCAAGGACAUCGCCUGGCAGCUGGUCCACAACGUUGACAUCAACGUGAUCCUGGGUGGUGGUCGGAAAUACAUGACCCCCGCGGGGACGCCGGACCCCGAGUACCCCGCCGACAGCAGCCAGAAUGGGAUACGCGAGGAUGGCAACAACCUCAUCGACAUGUGGCUGGAGGCACGGCCGGGUGCCCGCUAUGUCUGGAACAGGACAGAGAUGCUGGCAGCUGCUGCCGACCCCAACGUGAAUUAUUUGAUGGGUCUCUUUGAACCCGUGGACACAAAGUACAACCUGGUGCGUAACACCACCCUGGACCCGUCUCUCACCGAGAUGACAGAGGCAGCCAUCACCGUCCUGAGCAGGAACCCCAAAGGCUUCUACCUCUUUGUGGAAGGUGGCAGAAUCGACCACGGCCACCAUGACGGUGCAGCCCAUAAGGCACUGACAGAGGCGGUGGAGUUUGACUGGGCCAUCGAGCGGGCGGGCACCAUGACAGACGAGGCUGACACCCUCACUGUCAUCACCGCUGACCACUCACACGUCUUCGCCUUUGGGGGCUACACCCUGCGUGGCUCCUCCAUCUUCGCUCUGGGCCAAAAGAAAACUACUGAUGGGAAGAACUACACAUCGAUCCUCUACGGGAAUGGGCCAGGAUACCCAGGCGGCGUACGGCCUAACGUGGACCCAGAAACAGCCAUGCAGUUUGAUUACCAGCCACAAGCGGCUGUGCCACUGGAGUCAGAGACCCACGGUGGUGAGGACGUGGCCAUCCUGGCCAAGGGCCCCAUGGCCCACCUCUUCCACGGGGUGCAGGAGCAGACCUAUGUAGCCCAUGCCAUGGCCUACGCCGCCUGCAUCGAGCCCUACACUGACUGCCGCCAGCGGAACUCUGGCCCCGGCACCCGCGGCGCCCCCCUGGCCCUGCUCCUGCCCGCCCUCCUUCUGCACCUCUUCCGCUGAUCCCCUGUUCCUAGGGCACCCCACGGGACACACUCACGUUUUCCUCCCUCCCCACGGUGUGGC